AGAGGGACAUCGUAGUCUUGAUCCGUGUGUCCGGUCGCGUGCGACGAUCGCCACAGUAAAUGACGCGGCACCGUCCGGAAGACACACGAAUAAGACCUACGUCGCGAAAGACAUCGCAAAUAGUAUCAUAAUAGUAAUAAUAAUAUUGUCUCAAUAAUAUUAUAUCAAUAUAGGUGUUAAUAUAUAGUGACGGUCGGCCGCGGUCCAUUAGUUAUUUAAAUAUAUUACAAUAUUAAAAUAUAUAAUUUCUGGCGGGUCGUCAACUGUAAGUGCAGCUCCGGGCGAGACGCGCGUGUAUAUCUGCAGAACAGGGGCUGAUCGUUUCGAUAUUGAUGUACGGCGGCAGUGGCGGAACACCACUCGGGGACUAUAAUCUAUAUAAUAAUAAUCGUUAUUAUUAUUAAUCGUACACAGUAAGUAGUAUUUUAUGUUUUAAUACUAUACAAUUAUCGUGCACGCGACACAGUAUAAUAUUCUACGCGCAACGACUAUCGUCCGGUCUGAAUUCUAAAAAAAUAUAAUAUAAUAUAUAAGAUACGUAAAAAUUUAAUAUUUUCGAUAAUAAUUGCAUCGACCGCCGUCUCGCCGUUAUGGAUAGUACCUACGUAUCGUCUCUACAAUAAUUUACCUACCUACUAUACGUAUAUUAUGCGUGCUGCAGUGUACCUAUAUAAUUUAAUGUGUAUUAAUAAUAUUAUUAUUACAUUAUAUUAUUAUUAUACUUUCGCGUCAUAGAAUAGUCUUACCUCCCCCCCCCUCAAAACGCCAACGGGCCGUGCCAGCGCGAAUGUGCACCGUCGUCCGUCCUAUUGCAACAUCAUAGUUGUAGCCGGUCCGCGAUGCCGCACGUGUACCGUCCCGAGAACAGUGAAAACGCACAGCCGCAAUGACUACGGUACGCGACUACGCGCCGUCGACUUCGGGCGCCGGGACGACACCGCCGCAGCCUCCGACGGCGGCGGCUGCGGCUGUCGCAUCCGAGGAGAUCGUCGUCGUCAACGAACGGCCGGCGGCAUCCGCGGUCGACGUCGGCGGCGACCGCAAGAGCAGGAGCGCCGGCUCGCGGGACGCCGUGGGACGCGAGAAUUGGAGAUUGGCGCAGCACGGCGUCAAUAGUCCUGCUUCCGACGGUUGUCGAGCCACCGCUGCUGCCGCUAAAGUGCAUAGUAUAUGCGAAUUAACGGAACAAGAUAGUCUCGAUGAUCAUUUUUCACAUAUAAAUCGUAAACUAGUCCAAAGAUCUUCUAAAAUGGGUCGAUCUAAUGGACUCAAAAGUAGUCGGACUCUAAUGAACAUAUUGACGAGUAGAGGGACGGAUAUGCUACAACAUACGGAACCUUUCCAUCACUUUUGGGUGACUCUCAGCUCCCUUUACGGAAUGAUUUUGGUUAUCCUCAUGUUCGCCAUCUGUUUAAUAGAAGUAAUGGACAAUCCUGUUAAACUAUUAUCAAUCCAGGGGAUUUACCUUAUGUACCUAUACUUGGGAAGCAUAGCCGUUAUUAUAUGUAUUUAUGUGUGGGUGCUAAUCGAUUCGUGCGUUAGCUUAACUUCAGACGAAACUGAAAUCGUCACGUCCGACUCAUCAUCGCCAGGUGUCUUUACAUUGAACCGGUUCAACUCGUUGAAACAAUUCAGUUCAUUAAAACGUGCGCAUAUUUCACGUUCAAAGACUUCGGACACCAGCUUCUAUUUGAGAGUAGGAGCUUUAGUGUUUGGUUUGGGAACGCUUGUAUUCAAUGGUUUAGAAAUGGCUAUGUAUUCCAUGAUGGAUAUUAGCUGUUUAAACGAUGUCAUAUUCGUGCAUCCAAUACUACACGGACUGUUUACAUUUUUACAAAUGCAUUUUCUUUUCAUAAAUUCUCAGGUGUUAGUCGAAAGGUUUGGUUUGGCCGCCAGAUUCGGAUUCAUGCAUUUAGCUGCAACAAACAUUGCUUUAUGGGUGCGGUUGGUAAUCUGGGAAAGUGGUAUUGAAUGGAUUUACUUCAUCCAUCUAGCACAGACGUCGAACAUAGGCAUGUCGGCAUCAACAUAUGAAUCUAGUAUUCCUACGCCCCUACAACUGCGUGGAUUUCCCAGUUUUAUCACCUCGAGACACACCCGAGACUUAAAACCAGAUUAUAACGGAACGUUUAGAAAUUCCAUUUAUCAACCUGUGUCCGAGAAUCACGUGACACAAGUAGUAACACUUCAUCAUUGUUUAAACACUAAUUCACUUGGUCAACUUUUAACGUCUUCUAUGCCAUAUCUCUAUCCGUUCAUUGUGCAAUUUAGUUUAAUUGCUGCUGGAGUGACGUAUGUGAUGGGCCAGAACGUGGGCACUUGUCAGGUGAAACCAUUGAAACGAAACACACAAAAACCACCACCGUCGUCGUCGUUGGCACCCAAAGAUCCGCAAAAAGACUCGGCCGCCCAGCUGGGACGGCUGUACGUGUCCCAGGGCGUGAGCUUUUCGGGCGCCAACAAAGGCUUGUUCCUCGGUCUACUGACGUUGGUCAUGGUGAUCGUGGUGGUCAUCAUAUUUCUGGUGGUCAAGGACGACGCGGACUUUGCGACCGACACUCUGUUUUGGAUGACGUCCACUACGCUGGCCACCAUACUGUCCACCGGCACGCUAUUGGGCUGCGUGGGCCUCUAUCAGGUCCGCAAGCUGUGCCACAACGGCAACCAGCUGACGGCGUUGGACACGAUGCUGGCCACCGUAUCGAGCGCAGGCGUAGUUCUGUACGCGCUGUUCAGCGUCAUGGUGGGUGCUGUCGGCGUAGCCACGUCGCAGCCUGACACCCCAGAACAGAAAAUAGACGCUAUGCUGACCGCCGUCAACGUUCUGCAGCUGGUCCACGUGGCUGUCCAGAGCUCACUGACCGCCGAGGCUUACAGGAGGAGUUCGUGGUCGAGACAUCAAAUGUUCACCAAACCCGGUCGUCAGGUAAUCACAUACUUGUUGUGUAGCAACAUAGCUUUGUGGAUGUUUGACUCGUUUAUCACGCAGAGUUGGCUUAAUCAAGAAAGACAAUUGCGUUUCAUGGGUUUACUAUCCUGGGGACUACUGUCCAGGAUAUCGCUGCCACUAGUAGUUUUCUACAGAUUCCAUUCAGGAGUACUUUUGUUACAGAUCUGGCAAAAAUCAUACAGAUGAACACUUGGCCAGAUGAAAUUUUAUACUUGUAUUUUUUUUACGAUGUGCAAUAUUAGAUAUUAUUUUAUUAUAAUUAUUUAUUUUCGUUGGAAAUAAACCAACACUAUUUUUA